AUGGUACUUAACGCAUUGUCACUCCGAAUGCUGUAUGUUUCAUUAUCUGCCAAUAUAGCUGACAGAAGCGCGAUACAUGGAUCUGAACAGCAUAGCAAACUAAUCGUUGUUUCAAGUUUCACUGAAGUUCCAGAACCUGCUAACUUAGAACAACGUAAAGCAUAUUAUUAUACAAAAAGUCCAACAAAUUAUGCAUUAAAAAUGCAAAUAGCGUGUGAUUUUCAUCAUCGAAUAGUACAUGUAUCCGAAUGUUAUAUUGGGAGGGUAAAUGAUAUUAAAAUUCUGAAAGAAUUAGGACUCUUAGAACAUGUAGAAGAAUAUGUGAAAAUUAUUGCUGACAAAGAAUAUAUUGGUGAAGAAUACAUAGUUACUCAAAUAAAGAAACCUUAUGGAUGUGAAUUAACAGAUGAAGACAAGAAUUUCAAUCGUGAUAUUCAUAGUGCCACAGCGGCUAUUGUAAGCAUUAAUCAACGUCGCAAAACUUAUGCAAUUCGAGACAGUGUUUACAGAGGAGCUAUUUGGUGGUUUUCAUAA